AACCACACCACCUAGUCCAUUCAUUCGUAUUGAAACUCUUGAACGGAUAAAAACAAAAAUACCGAGAAAUAAAACAGCGGAUACCAAAGAAAAAUAGAAAAUCAUCAGCAAAACAAAAGUGAAGUGGUUAAAUAGUGAAUUGUAUGCGUAUAUAAAGCACGUUAUUGUAUAUUUGCAAGAAAAGCUAUUGCUUGUGUAGCGAAAUUAUACGUGUGUGGAAGUGCAACGAAUUUCAUCACCGGAAAGAAUCUGAUAUAGAAGCAAAGAAGUGCAUUGCAAAGUCAUUGGAAAAGUGAAGCGGAACGCAGUCGUUGGAAAGUUCUAGAAGGAAAAUUGCAACAAGAAUAGUAAAACGAGUGACUUCUAUAUUGGAGUGCCUUUUGCAGUUGAAUCUAAAUUUAAACACGUACUUUGUGUUCCUAUAACGAUUUAAAAUUUAAAAUUCACACCAAAAUGGCUUUCAUGAUGCCUGUAAUGAAGAACAACUAUGACAUUUAUAAGGAUAGUCGGUCGCGCAAGACUUCAGAGUGCUCCACCACCAGCUCAAAUGGUGGCGCACCCACAUUGUCUUCCGCUGUAGGUGGGCCGCCAAAUGGACGUGUUCGCAAAGUAUCUGAAUGCAAGUCUGAGAGUUUCGCCACCUCACCUUCACACACCUAUCGGAUGCAGAUGCAGCGUUGUCAAUCAUCACGCGCAUUCCCCCGCAACGCAUCGCGUACAUCGCACUCGUCGGUCGCUGGGGUCCUUUCGCCUACGCGUUCUUUCAGCCAGGCCUCCAGUCCACCCAAGACCAUAAAUUCAGUGGAAAGUCAUAAUGAUGUAACCAAAUUUCAUUUGCGACUCGUCGAGAAGCUGCGUAAGUCCUUUCGUAAGGACAGCGCAAAACGAUCAUGAGAACGCGAAAACGUUCUCCACAACAGCAACAGUAGUAGCAGCUAUCCCAAUGAUGAUGGCAGCACAACCAAAGCAGAAAACAAUAAUUUCAAAUAUAAUACGGAAAUGCAGCAAUGGCAGGCCGAUAGCCCCGAAAGUAGUGCGAGUAGACGUCAGUCGGCCAGCCGUGAUAUUGUCUGCGCGUCGGCGGAUACCGCCACAAACCACAAGGGAAUCGGUGAUAAUUCCGAUAUCGUCGAUACAGAUGCUAUUGAAGACGCAGAGGAUUGGCCAAAGUUCGAAGACGAUAACAGCAUUGGAGCGCCGAGUUCAUUGGUCACAAACUUUGGGCGUCGCAUCACGGCGCCACUAACGCGUGCCAAUCUAAAGCGUUGUCACAAAAAAUUCGCCAAAAUGCAGCUCACUGUCGCAGCGCAGCACUCACUCGUAGGUCAAAUCGGAUCCACAUCUACGAUUGAAUUAUACUCCAGCUCGGAUGGUUCAAGUUUGUUUGGAGGCGGUGAUCGACGACAACUGCUUACAGAAGGAGGGAAGGUGCAACAAAAACACAUUAAGAACGCGACCACAGUAAAUGGUCAUGUUGUUGGCACUAAAUCGGAAGUAGCAGAGAAGCCAAAGCAAACGGAGACGGCAGGGCGCGGUCGUAAAAUACGAAAACGCAUGCAUUUCCUGCGCCGUUCAACUUCCCGGUUCAGUUCGAAGAGCGCGCCAGGUUAAGACAACAUAUUUAAACCAGAGCGGGUUUGUGCGCUUUCAGCUAUAAUUUGGGUUUCAUGUGGCUACAGCGUUGACUUUAGAUGUUUGAUGCGUAUUGCUUCUAGCACGGCGCUACAGCAGUUCUUAGUUUCGUUUGCAAGCGAACCUAAAGAAAAGAGAAAGAUUUGUAAAGGAACAAUUGCGUGGCAGACCUGCGCUCAAAAUCCAACUGAGUCCCCGACACAUCGUCUGUCUGCAGUUUGGUGCACGCGUGCAUAUCGUGAUCAGUAUUGUGACAGCAACAACUGUCGCUGUCCACACAAAUGCAAGGUCGCGCGCGCGUCGGCAUUUUCAAGGCGAGUAGUUGAAAAGUGUAAAUAGACAAUGGAUGAAGGAUGAAGGAGGGCGCCGCCAAAAGUGUAGCAAGUUGGCAUCGAGCCCAAAACGUUGAAUGCAUGCAGCUAAUUCUGGGUAGGCGAAUGCUGUGGUGGAAAUGCGCUUCAACGGUACUUAUUUGCGAAAUUUCACAGAAAAUGGCUACUUUUGGGAUCAUUCGACAAAUGGUAAGGGAAAAUUAUCACAUAAAUAUACACUAAUUCUAAAGACAGACAAGACUUAUGUAUAAGAAAUUCUACAUUUUGUAAAUAUUUUUUGUAUCAACUAUUAAGCAUAUUUGGGCAAUAUUUUUCUUUGAAAAUAAUUCUGUUUUUAUAUUUGAAUUAAGCAGUGUGAUACAGUAAGAAAUUAAAUAGAGAAAUUGGUUGUGGAAAUAACGGAAAAUACAUGCAUCUGCAAUUUGUAUUAAUAUGCACACUUACCGAUGGCUUGCAUUCAAAAUUCGAGAAAAAGUAUAGUAGGUCAGUGAGCUUAAGAGACGAAUACAUAAAAUAAAGUUUCAAACGGUUUUCAGGGAACUAAAUGCUUCCAAUUUCCUUAGAAAAAACACGAAAACUUACAAUGUUGAAACUGCCAUUUCCUAAUCUCUCUGUAGUGAAAAGUAUUAAGAAAAAUUAUUUUAUAUAAAUACACAAAUAUUGUAAAAUUGUUUUUGGGCUGCCAUGAAAAUGUGGGGAUACAGGGGAAAGUUGCGAAACAGAAAAAACACGUGAACGUGAAAGCAAAAAAUAAUUAGCGAGAAGCCAUACAAAUCCCGCACAUAGUCCUGGAAGCCCAUUUACGGUUCUUUAAUAGAUAAAAGAGAAGAUACAUUUUUACAAGUUGCUAAUACUAUAUACACACCUACAUACAUAUAAGUGCUGACUUGUAAUAAGAAAAUAAAUAAAUAAACAAAAUAGACUUGUCAAGUUUAACUCAAAGUUUUCUGCUUUAUAAUAUUAAUAACUGUUAUUGAAGCAAUAAAAAAAAUAUUGUAAUUAAAACAAUAUAUAUGUAGUUAGUUCGCUUCUAAUGUCUAAGUUAAGUAAAAAUGCUUUACAAGUAACUGUAUACAACCUAUACAUGUCUACAUUGAAUUAUUUGUAUACUAAGUAAUACAUAUUUACUGGAUACCCUGAAGUACAUAACUAAUUAAAUAAAUAUUUAAAUCAAAA